CAAUUGCUCGGCGUAAUCGCAGUAGUUGGCCAAGCUUCAAGACAUUUCGAUCCAUUGAUCACUAACAUCACGGAAUUAUUUAAAUCUAUUCUCGAAGUAUACGAAAAUAUACAAUAUAAUAAAAGAAUAUGUGAUUGCUUGGUGGAUAGGAUAGAGUCAGCAGAGGUGGCAAUAAAGUCGCUCAAACGACACAAGGAAGAGAACGCUGGAUAUUUUUUUAAGCAAAAUAUAUAUGAUAACUUUCACCGAUUAAUUUCUAUACUGGAAAGAAUGCAACGAUUUAUGAUAGACGUGUCGCAACUUAGUGGGUUGAGAAAGUUCAACGAUGUAGGUGUUAUCAGGAAACAAUUUGAGGAUAUAAUAAAGGAAUUUGAUGAAGUGGCAGCAAAUUUACGACUAAAGAAGUCGUUUUCAGAGAAAGAACAAUUCAUAAGAGACGAAAAUGCCAUAAAAGAGGAUACAAUAAUAAUGCACAAGUUUCUGCACAUAGUGAAAGGUGGUUUUACGACCACAAAAAAAGACAUCGCAACUAGCACGCCGCAAAUUAGAGAAAUCUUUGAGGAAAUAAUAUUAAGGAAAAAUCACGUUAUGGAAUCUAACAAGUCGGCGAAUACAAAAUUCAAAACAAAAGUCAUACCCUCAAGUGAGAUCACCGAGGUUCAUGAUCAAUCCAACGAAAAAUCACAGGGGAACGUUCGAAAAAUGUUGUACUUGAACAAUCAUGUCGCUUGUAAAGAUUAUGAUAAUGAACAAAAUGGGAAAUUUUACAAUGAGUUGUCGAUGUUACACAACCUAAAUCACUCGGAAAAUAUACUUGGAUUUUAUGGAAUUUCAGAACAAGAAGAAGGACAGAUUAUGGUAUUUGAUUGGGCUGGUAAAGGAGACCUACAAACUUUGUACGAGAAUUAUGACAUUGAUUGGUAUUUGAGGUUAAAAAUUGCAGAGGGAAUUUGUCGCGGUUUAUUGUUUCUGCAUGGAUGUCAUAUUUAUCACCGGGAACUUCGAUGUCAAAAUGUUUUGAUUACGGGUGGUUUUGAACCAAAGCUUGCAAAUUUUUGCUUUGGCAGACCAAUGAAGUAUAGUAGGAAUUUUGUAGAAAAUAUAACAGCUGUUGUACACUGGAUGGCUCCAGAAAAAUUAAGGUUAGGGAAUAAAGUGAAAUUCUCCCAUAAGUGCGAUAUUUUCAGUUUUGGUAUGCUCUUAUGGGAGAUUGCAUUUGAGAAGAUUCCAUAUAAAGAUUGGAACUAUACAACUAUUAUUGAUCAUGUAAAAGCUGGUAAAAGAGAGAGUAUGGAUUUGGGACCUAACUCAAGCGAAGUGAAAAGGGAAUUUCUCAAAGUCAUAAGAGCAGCAUGGCAGGAUGAUCCCACCCUCCGACCAGGCCUUCAUGAAUUACUCAUUAGAUUAGAGGAAGCAAGAAUGAAAUGUCACAAUAAUAAUAAUGCAUAUAUUUUCGAGAAAAAAGUCGGGAACAAUAUUGAGUCAGAAACUUAUGAAGAUCAAUCGGAACUUCGAGUCGUCGAAACAGAGAAUAAUAUACAGGAUAAGGACAUAGAAUUAAAGUUCAUGCACAUAGUUCAACCAAUCCUCUUUCUUGAGGAAGGCAUAAAAUCUCAUAAGAACGGUGAAAAACGCAUAGCGUGGGAAUGUUUUCAAGCACAUGCGGAUCUUGGAAACAACUAUGCAAAAUAUUGGCAAGCGCAUUACCUAACCGAAGGGUAUCACAUAGAAAAAGAUGUUAAGAAAGGAACGAAAUACUUUAAGGAAGCGGCCGAUGCGGAUGUUGCCGAUUCGCAGUUACGUUAUGCAUUCUCACUUUACCAUGACCAAAUUAUACAGGAUACCGAUGCAUUCUUGUAUUAUCUAACCUUAGCGGCCGAAAACGGGAAUGCAACAGCGCAGUUUAAUUUAGGUCGAAUGUAUUAUGCCGGUAUGGUUGGUUUGAACAAAGAUAAAGAGAAAGGAUUGCAGUAUUUGAAGAUGGCAGCCUUGAAAAGUCAACCUAGAGCCAUGCAGUUUUUGGAGAGUGUGAAAAUAGAUAGAUAUAUCUGA